ACCGUGUAAUUUACGCUGCAAACUUCAGACGUGAGGUCUUUCCUGGAUGAAAUACACACUACUUUGCUGUGGUUUGCAUUUUUUACUCUAAAGGAGGAUAUCAGUAGGAUCCAAAAUAAUUCCGCCAUGAGUGCGGCGGACAGGCAGGGGAGAGAUUACUUCGUUUCGAGAGAAGACUACGAUAAGAUGAUCGAAAAAGUAAAACAAUGUGAGGCCGAGAAACUCCAGGUUAUGACAGACCAGGGAAGUUUAAUGAGAGAGUUUAACAAGAGAAUGCAAGUUCAUUUAGAAGAAAUACGUUUGCUAAAAGAUGUAAAUCAGAAACUUCAGGCAGAUCUUCAAGAAUUGCGGGAUCUGACUUGCUAUUUGGACGAUGAUAGGCAGAAGUGUCGAAAACUUGCUCGCGAGUGGCAACGAUUUGGACGUUAUACGGCAUCAGUUAUGCGAAAUGAAGUAGCAAAUUAUCAAGAGAAAUUGAAAGUUUUAGAGGAUAAACAAAGUGAUCUUUCACAAGACAAUGCAGAGUUAAAAGAACUUUGUCUGUACCUUGAUCGAAAGCGGGAAUCCGUCGCUUUAGAAAACCGAACUUUCUGCACUAACUGCUCACAGCGUGUUGCGAGUAACCCGAGUUUGUCUCCAACCAAACAAAACAAUACAGGAAAUGUCGUCGAUGAUCGUAGAAAUUCUUUUUCUGAGAGACUUGAAGCGAAGUUAACGGAUAUUCAGGAAGGAACAAAUCAUGAGCGAUCGUCUUCAGAAAGGGAGAUAUCGUCCGCCUCACAUAAGGCCGAUGUCGCAAAGAAGAGAGUUUCUUUUACUUUUCCCGGAGACGUAGACACAGAUACCGAUAGUGUUCCAAGUGACACCCCACCAAGAAUUCCCAGGAGUAAUGGAAUUAAAAAUGGAAAUCAGCCAGGAAUUUUGAGAAAUGGCAUGAAACCACUUCCCAGACAGGGUGACCUUCCCUUUCCUUCACCUCAACACAUGACACCAGAAGCAGUUGCUCAGGCAAUGAAAGUUUUAGAAAUACAUGAGAAGUUAGAGCAUCCUGAUAACCCAGGUGAUUCUGAUGAACCAGCAGACAGACUGGGUGACAAUGAGGUGGAAGUCCUCAAAGAAAUGUGUAAUGUUGUGUGGAGAAAGUUAUCAGACGAGCCAGAACAGAGACAAAAUGGCACCAAUGGGCAUGAGGAGGAAGAAAUCCUUGAAGACUUGUUGUAGACUCUGUUACAGUAAUUGCUUUAAAUCUUUGUCUUGUCGACAUUUUUUCUUGAUAACAGUAGCAAAGCAGAUUAAUAUUUAUUAUUUAAUUGUGAUCAGAUAAAAUACUGUCAAACCUUUCCAUAGUAAACAUCAGUUCUUUGGACAGAA